CCGGUCCCAAGUUGCCCACUGACCGGGUCCUCUCAUCUUGCAUUCUCCCAUGCUACCUCCCAUCACUCGCCUCUCGCCCCGCCUUGCACGCACAAUGUCUACCAUUCCCAAAACGAUGAGGGCCAUCCAGGUCGAGAAGACCGGCGGCCCCGAGGUCAACGUCAUGCGGGAGGUCCCCGUCCCCACACCGAAGGACGACGAGCUCCUCAUCAAGGUCGAGUGGACGGGUGCCAACUACAUUGACAACUACCGCCGCUCGGGACUGUACAAGCUCGACCUGCCGUUCUUCCAGGGCCAGGACAUUGUCGGCACGAUCGUGCAGCUCCCCAAGGCUGCGCACCAGGCGACGGUGCUCGGCGAGCUCAAGCUUGGACAGCGGGUCUGGACGCCCGCGGGCGCCAGCUUUGCCGAGUACGCCGUCGCGCCGUGGUGGAAGGCCGCGCCGCUGCCUGACAACGUCGACCCCAAGGAUGGCGUGAGCAUGUGCACCGUCGCGCUCACGGCCAUGGCGCUUGUGCGGUACAGCUACACCGUCAAGAAGGGGGACUACAUCCUCGUGCGCGCCGCGGCAGGCGGUGUGGGCCUCGUGCUCUGCCAGCUGGGCCGGUACCUCGGCGCGCACGUGAUCGCCACGACGUCGAGCGAGGCCAAGGCCAAGCUCGCGAAGGAGAACGGCGCCGACACCGUCCUCCUAACGACGGCUUCGUCCGAGGACAACGUGAAGGAGAUCCUCAAGUUCGCCGAGGGCAAGGGCGUGCACGCCGUCUUUGACGGCGUCGGCGCAGACACGUGGGAGGAGAACUUCAAGGUCGUGCGCACAAACGCGACGAUCGUGACCUUUGGCAACGCGUCCGGCGCCGUGCCGCCGUUCUCGCCGCUCAAGCUCGCGCCCAAGUGUCUCAAGGUGACGCGGCCGACGCUGUUCCCGUUCAUCGCGACGCCCGAGGACUUCGCGACCCUCGCGAAGGACAUGACGGACGUCGUGGAGAAGGGCGGCAUCAAGUUUGCCGUGCACAAGGUCUACCCCUUUACGCAGGAGGGCGUGCAGCAGACCCAGAUUGACAUCACGGGACGCGGCACGACGGGUAAGCUCCUCAUCCACGUCUCGUAGGGGGGCGCGGGUGCGGCGAGGGCUGCGCCCACGAGCAGGAUGUAGAGAGGUAUGCAGGGUGUAGUUGUGGC